GACCUGACCACGGCCUUCCCGUACCCGGUAACCCUUCUGAGUUCUGACUCAAGGCUGGCUAUAUCCCACGCGCCGCCGCGCCUCUGCCUCUCCUCCUCAGCAGGAUCGCGCGCCAUCAGUCCGCACUGACCAUUGUGACGGGAAACGUGCCACAUCUGAACACUGGAACAAAACGUCUGAAAAUCAACUUUGAAUCGGCUACUUACAGCUCCCAUUGGAAUAUCUCUCUCGAAUUCGGACAUGACAAAGUGGAAUUAUCAACACGAGUUAAUCCGAAAGAAAAGACGGUUGUUUUGACUUUUCUUUUUUGUUUUUAAACAAAUUCUUAUCAUCCAUAUGAAGAAGACACACAUUGGGGAGAGCGCUUGCAUCUUCGCACUAUUGCUGUCUACCUUAGUGUCAGGUGGGGAAAAGGGCAGAACCCCAGUCACAGAUGAUGUUGCCACAUUGGAUAUACUGAAAGGAAACAUCCCGCAAGAUUACAGAAUUCCAGUUGAUCACACUCCUAAAGCAGUGUCGGGAAAGUGCUGGUUGCAGUUGAACCUGUACCCAGUGGAGAAGAGCCUAAAGCAGCUGGCUCACCAGUUCAGCAACCUGUCGAUCAACAGAGAAAACAUCACCAUGUUCAUCACCAUGCUGCAGGGCUUACGCUUCAUGCUCGGCAAUGAGGAAUUGUUGAAGAAGAGAACUCUGAAAUGCCUAUUUGAGGGUAACAACUGCGUCAGCCUGCGUUUGAAGAAUAUCAGGCCACCGCAGGAUGUAGCUAUGCAAGCUUACGAGUGCCACUAUAGGACAGCGCACUGGCCAACGGAUCGCUACUUUGAGCAUGUGAAGGAGGUAUUGGGUGCGGCCUCCAGCGUCUCUGGGAUGGUGGACUGUGCUCCCCCUCCCUGCGCAACCACUGAACCCCCCCCUGCUGUCACACUAGGCAACGAGUUGCAGUACCGCUAUGGGGAGAGAGUAAACAUGAAUCUUCCAGUGCUGCUGUUAUCUCCAGUGCUCUUCAUAAUCUCCCUGGCCACCUGGAUGGUUCUACGGAGGACUGGUGUGUGUGUGUGUGUAAAGCGCGGCAGCAGAGACGAGCCCACGGGGGCGGAGAGUCCACCAGAGCCUCAAGGGACUGAGGCCCAGUGCGGAGCUGCGCCAGGGAGCCCACUGCAGCUCUCACUGAUGUCACUGGAGAGAAGCACACAGAGUAUCGUGAUCGUGGAUGUACCAGACGAUUCAGAGGUCUGAACUGAAAUACAGCUGCUUCAAGACGACGAGAGAGAGAGAGGGAGAGAGAGAGAGAGAGAAUGGACUGCUGACAGAAACUGCAAAAAAUAAAGACUGCUGCGACACAAGAAAGAUGUGGAAAGAAGGAA